AUGGGCCUUUCAGAUGCAUAUGCCACCGAGGCUUCUGCUCCCGCGCCGGGCGCCGCUAGUGCCGCGGGUUCCGCAAGCUUCCGUCCCCCUAAACGUUCCCUGUCCAGUCGGGGACCCAAGGACUCGUCGUCACUCCCUAAAAUCCCGAUUCAGGGAAAGAAACCCUCAAAUCAAGCGAUACCGUCGAGUCGCAGCGUCAGUAACACUCCGAUCAACAGCCCGAGGUCAACCAGUCCCACGAACUUGGCUCUCCCCGCGCGUAGCAGCACCACGGGCUCGCGCGCGCAAAAGCCGCAGCAGGGUGGGACGCGUCAAGCGCGCGGAAACAGCAACUUGCGCCAGUCCGCGGGGAAUACCCGGCUGUGGCGCGAAGCAUCGGCGGAACGUAGCAAGGAGCAAGCGCGGGAUAACGGGGGGGUGGUUCCCGGUCGGAGGGACUCGGCGAGGGCGGAUGCGCGAGGAGGGUUCGAUGGUGACUUGAAGUCUGACGAGCGACGGUGGCAGUCGAAGGAUCGUGGUGAUGGUACCGACGAGGAACAAGAAUGGGCUGAAGAGGAUGAGGAGGCGGAAGAGGAGGAAGCGGAGGAGGAAGACGAAGGAGAAGAGGAAGAGGAGGAGAGUGCUGAGGAUUCAGAGGAGGACGAGGAAGAAGAGGAAGAGGAGCAGGAAGAAAGAGGGGAUGAGGACGAGGGCGGGGAGGGCGAUUGGCGCAAGGGAGGUGCGCGGGGUUCGAGCGAGGAUGAAUCGGACGAGGAAGAACAGGACGGGGAUGCGGCGCAAGGCUGGGCGCAGAGCCAGCAGCACAGGCGGAACGUGUCUCAGCCGAACAUCCACGCGUCCCGCGCGUCCUGGGCGCAAACACAGCGCGCGCGAGCGUCUGCGCGCUAUCCCAGUCACGCGUCAGUUAUUGAAGAGGACGAGUCCGCGCCCGCUGAUUCCGGCGCCGCCUCGUCCGCCCGCUCGCCGGGCCCUUCCCCCUCGCGCUCGCCCGCGGGGUCCGCCGCUGCGGCUGCGCGCGCGGGAAGUCCGCGCAUGGGCAGCAGCGCGGGGUCGCCGUCGUCCGCGCGGUGGAGCACGCGGAAGAAGCCGUGGACCCCGAAGGCGCUGGGGGGAAUAGCGCGGAGUUUCGAGAGCAGCUGCUGCAGCAGUAGCAGCGACGAGGGCGAGGGAGCAGGGAUGGUAAGUUGUAGAGAAGAUGACGAGGGGUCGUUUGUGCGUGAUGAGGAGGGUGAGGAGAGGAGGAGGGAGGAGGCGGAGGACGAGGCGGAGGGCAGGGACGAGAGGAAACGAGAGGUCGGCGCGCGCGGCUCGCAAUCCUUCCGCCGGCUGCGCAUUGUGCCUCCGCGUCUCGAGACCCAGUCGAACAGGCGCAGAGGGCACACUGGGGAGCCUAUCUCCCCCCCUUCUGCGCGCUCCUCCGCCUCUGUCCUUGCCUCCGCGCGAGUAUCCCCGCGCCCGCUUCUCACCGCGGGUCCCUCGUGCGUCGAUUUGGUGGAGCUUCCCCCCCGAGUAGCGCCGAGCCCCGCAAGCUCCGACGCCUCCGCGUCUCGUCGCGCGGAUUUCUCCCUCGCUGCUGGCGGAAAGGCCGCGGGGCGAAGCGCCCAUCCGGCCGCGCGCUCGCCUUCGGUUUCCGCCUCGUCGCCCGCAGGCGGGCGUGGUAAAGGGGGCGCGAGGAGUCAAGAACGCAGGGAAACCGGGCAAGGGGGGCGGAGGGGGGACGUCAGAGGGGGAAAGGAUGGCGCGGGUACGAGCCGUGGGUGGGAUCGUGACGAGGCGGGAGCGGAAUCGCCAGUGGACUUCGCGCGGGGUAUGGCGGGGGCUGCAGGGCUGGGGGGGAAGGAUCGCGGGGGCGGAAAGCGCGCGAACGCGGAAGGAUCCGAUUUUAUGAGCGAAAGUGGGAGCAUGAGCGGGGGCGGGAGUAUUUCGCGCACUGGAAGCGGUGUAAAUGGGUUGCCUCUCGGUGUAGGUGCGAGCCCUCGGUUCAGAAGCGGCAGUGGCGCGGCGGGCGCGCAGGUUAAUAUGUUCAGAAUCAAUCGCACCAGCAGCGCUUCGAGCAGCGUUUUUGGUGGUGAGCGGGGGGAUAGAGGAGAACGGCGAGAGAGAGGAGAGAGGGAAGAGAGGGAAGAGAGAGGGGAGAGGGGAGAGAGGGGAGAGAGGGGCGAGAGGGGCGAGAGGGGAGACUGGGGAGAGAAAGGGGACAGAGAGAGGAGAGGCAUGGGGGAAGGGAGUGAGAGAGGAGAAAGAGGAGGAAGGGGAGAGAGAUUUCCGAGAGAGAAGGGAGGAAGAGGAGAGAGAGGACAGCGAGCAGAGAGAGGAGAGAAAGGGGAGAGAGAGAGGAGAGAAUGGGGAGAGGGGGCUGAGGGUAGAGAGAGAGGAGAAAGGGGAGAGAGAGGAGAGAGGGGAGAGAGAGGUGAGAGGGACGAGAGAGGAGUGAGGGGCGAGAGAGUGGAGAGAGGGGAGAGAGGAGAGAGAGGAGAGAGAGGAGAGAGGGAGCGUAGCACCUCGUCCGGCCCAUCGGUUGUCCUUGCAAGCCCUCGCUCAAGAGCCCCUCUGUUAGAAGCUCACCUGGCGAAGUCACAUGAAGGGGCGACGGCGGUGGAAGUCAGGCAAAUGCAAGUCGCGACGGGCGGGGCAGGGGGAGCAGGUGCAGUGGGCGCGUUGAGCAGGAGGAAAAGCGGUGGUGCGUGGGCGGAUGUUAAUCCAAGGGCCACAGGCGGGUUGAGAGGCGAGCAGGAAGCGGAAGGAGCGAGAGAUGGGGAGAAGGGAAGAGGGAGAGUGGGUGGGACAAGAAGAGAUGUGCAAGGGGUGGGUGGUGGUGGUGACUUAGACGCUACAUUGGAAUGGACGUUUGAGCAAGAGUCACGAGAUGCAGAUGAGGGUUGGGGGAGAGGUGACUGCAGAGAGGACGCGGAGGAAGAGGAGGAAGAAGAGGAAGAGGAAGAGGAAGAGGAGGAGGAGGAAGAGGAGGAGGAGGACGAGGAAGAGGAGGAAGAGGAAGAGGAGGAAGAGGAAGAGGCAGACGAGGAAGAGGAAGAGGAGGAGAGAGCACGGUAUGGAAACGGACUGUCAGAUGCGAGGCUGCACGACGAUCGUGUGGCAGUGAGGGCUGCACGCCACAGCUCGGCCAAAACGCGCCGUGGAGCUGCCGCUGCUGCACCGUCCAAGCCAUACGAGCCACUCCCCCGCGCCCUGAAACGCCCUGGGAGAAACACGCCACCAUCCGCACCAGCAGCAGCAUCAACAUCAACGUCAACAACAGCAGCAACAGCAGCAGCGUUGACCUCAGGGUCCAAGCAUCGGGCCUCUAGUGGGGCCUUUACAUCGUCUGGCGGUGGUGGGCAGAUGCAGGCAUUCUCAGGACCAAUACCACCCGUGGGCGGAGGCAAUGAGAUGCCUCUCAGCCCCCCCUCACGCCCCGUCUCCAGAAUCCCUCACACGUUCCCUGCAGCAGCGGGAGCAGCAGGAGGGUUGGGGCUGGUUGCAGGGACAGGCAUGAGUGGUAUUCACUCGUCAGCUCUGAGUGUGCGGCUGCCUGCGAGAAUGGCAGCAGAGGUGGCGCGCAGUGACAAUGGCAGCGACUGCAGAGAGAGCGAGGGGGAGAGCGACGGGUGCGGCAGCGACGCUUGCAGUAACAGGUUGGCAGAUGUGAUGAGCAACCGGUUCAGUGAAGAUCUGAGUGGGCGGUUGAGUGGUGGGGAGAGCAGUGGGAGCUACAGGGAGGAGCCGUGGAAGGGUGUGGAUUGUUGGAGUGAUCGGGAGGAAGGGGUUGAGAGGGAUCGGGAGGGGCGGAGGGAGGGUGGGGUUUGGAGUGUGGAGGAGGAAGCGAGGAGGAAAGCGCAAUUGGAUAGGGAGACACGCUCGGAUGUUGAUACGGAGGAGGAGGAGGAUGAGGGUCGUGAGGAGAGGGUUGGGAGGGGUGCAGAGGGUUUUGAGGCGACAGGGAGGUUGGGGGGGGAGGAGAGAGGUGGACGGGAGCAGCAGAGGAGGAGAGCAGGGGAUGCGCGACGGGAGGAAAGGUGGGAGGAGACAACGGAGUCAGAGGGAGAAGGAGAGGAGGGGUGGGGUGAUGACGAACACAAGGCACAUGGAAGGCACAGGGAUCAAGGGCGGCAGCAUAGGGAUGAGGAGUCUCGGAUAGCGAUAGGGAGGGAGCAGAGGCAGCAGAAUUACCUGUCUGACGGGGAGAGGCAGCGGGGCGGGGAGCGGCAGAGGAGGGAGGGGAGGCGAGGGAAGGAGGAAAGACGAAGCAGUGAGGCCAGGAGUGGGGAGGUGCUUGGUUCUGUUAAUCCCUCCGCGCUCCUCCCUCCGAUGGUGUCUCAGGCGGGUAGGUCUGUGUCUCAGACGAGCAGAGGGGGGAGGGAGGGGGACGGGGGGAGAGCGAGCAGCAGAGGGGCACUGAACGGGGUGCUGCAGCUGCUGCCCACAGGAGCAAGCAAGGGGCGAGAUGACAACCGCGCUGAUACCUCUCCUGCCGCCACCACCGCUGCUGCAAGUGGUGGUGGUGGCAGCAGCAGUGGGGCAGCAGGCGGGACAGGAGGAGGAGCAUCGGGGCUUCGGUCGCCGGGGCGGUGGUUUGGGAGUCAGGAGGCGAAGCCGCGGGCGAGCAGCAUGCGCACUGCAGGCACGGAACGAGUUUCAGAUGAGCCGCGCAAAGGCGGUAAGAGCCUGGACUUGCGGCGGCUCAGACUGUCUCUGUUUGAAGAGGAGGCGGGGAAGGGGGAGAAGGGCGGCAGUGGGGCGGGCAGAGGGGGGAAAGGGGGAGAGAGUGAGGAGGAAGCGGAGGAUGGGAGGGAUGGGAGGGGGAGGAGAGGGGGGGAUGGAGGGCGUGGAAGUGGGGAGGAGGAGGGGAGGGGGGGAGGGGGAGGAGGAGGUGGGAAGGAGGCAAGGGCGAGGGGGGCGAGGGAAGGGGUUGCCGCUGCUGCUGGUGCUUCCACUGCAGCUUCUGCUAGUGGGGGUGGGGGUGGGGCCAACAGCAGUCACAGCGGUGGGUGGUGGGAUUCGUCUCGAAGGCAAUCCUCCUCCACCCCGCGCUCAUCCACAACCACCCCUCGCUCCUCCACCACUCCGCACUCCUCUGGACCCUCUCAAACCACCACACCACGCCCCCCGUCCGCGAUCACCCCCACCUCCUCCUCGUCCUCCUCCCCCACUGCGGAUGCUGCUCCCGUGGGGGGAGGCGGGGGCGGAGGCGGAGGCGGAAGCGGAGGGGGAGGCGGGGGAGGGGGGGGAGGGGGACCAGGAGGGGGUCUCUCAGGGGGAGGCAGCGGAGGGCUGGGCGGAACAGGGAGAGACGCAGGUGCUGCCUGCUGGAGCCCCCGGGACUCCUCCUCUGCUGUUCCCUCGUCCACUUCUGCUUCUACCACUACCUCUUCUGCCUCUGUGCCCCCGCUCAUCCUCCCCACGCCUGACAAGUCCCGUGGGUGGACCAGAGCGGCGUGGGUGAGGGCUUCUAAGAGUGUGGCAGGCGGAGGGGCAUCCCCCCCUGGUGGUGCUUCUGCUGGUGCGGGCUCAGCUGGGGGAGGUGUUUCUGGGGGAGGUGCAGGGGUGGGAAUGGUUGCGGGUGGUUCUGGUGGGGCAGGUGGGGUGGGGGACGGUGGGAGUGGGAGCAGAAGCGCCAUAAGCUUUUUCAGCGGUCGGUUUGAUAAGUGGGGUGGGGGGGGAGGGUCGGGCGCAGGGGGGAAUGGUGGGGGAGGUGGGAAAGGCGGUGAGGGGAAUGAGGGGAUUCGGAGGGGACACACAGCCACAGGCAGCAUUAUCAGUGCAAUGGGGAUGCUAGCUGGAGCAGGAGGGGGGCACGCGGAUGGGGUUGAGCGAGGAGGAGAGAGAGGCGCUCGAGGAGGGGAACGAGGUGGGGAGAGAGGAGGUGAGAAGGGGGGGGAGAGAGGGGGAGCAGGGGCAAGCGGAGGGGGGACCUCGGACGGAAAAGAAGGCGGAGGUAGCGGGAGCGGGAGCAGCAGCAGCGGCAACCAGUCGCAGGGUGGCGCGCCAGCAGGGGUGAGCAGGCUAUGGGGGGUAGCAGCAGGCGCAGCGUCUUUCCACUCACGCAUGGUCAGCUUUAGCGGCGUUCUCCUGAAGGACGAGGACCAAGGCAUGUUAGGCCGCGGUGUGGGGGAUCUACGGAAGAAGUACGAGGUGGGGGAGAAGGUCGGGGAGGGGCGCAGCGGCGUGGUGGUGCGCGCGUGCGUGGAGCGCAAGAGCCGGGCGCGAUUCGCGUGCAAGUCGAUCGCCAAGACGACGCUGGGGGAUGCGAAGAAGGUGGAGGCGUUGCGGGUGGAGGUGGCUGUGAUGGAGGCGGUGGGAUCGCAUGCGAAUAUUGUGGCGCUGCAUGACACUGUGGAGGAUGCUCAGGACGUGCAUCUGAUAAUGGAGCUGUGCGAGGGAGGCGACCUGCUCUCGCACGUCAACACGGCCCCACACAUCUCAGAGCGCCACGCGGCGGCCAUCUGCCGGCGCAUCGCGGAUGCCGUGCGCUUCUGCCACCGCCGCGGCAUCUGCCACCGCGACCUCAAGCCCGAGAACGUGCUGCUCGCUACCAAAGGGGUUGCUGGGGCUGAUCUGCGCGUUGCGGAUUUUGGCAUCUCCACCUUCAUUGAGUCAGGCCAGCGCAUCCGCGGGUACGCAGGCAGCCCGUUCUACAUCGCGCCAGAGGUCCUCAACGGGCGGUAUGGCUUUGAAGUAGACGUGUGGAGCCUGGGCGUCAUCCUCUACACUCUCCUCUCGCAGCGCCUGCCGUUCUGGCACAGCACAGACAUAGGCGUGUACCGCGCGAUCCUGAAAGGGCACGUGGAUACGCACACGGGCGCGUGGCUGCAUGUGAGCAAGGACGCGGUGCAUCUGGUGCGCCGCAUGCUGUGCCAAGACCCUGCAGAGAGAAUCACCCUCGAUGAGCUGCUGGAGCACCCAUGGAUCCUGAAACACGACCGCGACACCUCGCCUCUACCGCAGCCCCUACCAGAGCUCCCCAACUGGAAGCUAAGCAAGCGGCGCCGCGCCAUCGCUCGCUCCACAGCCAUUGUCGUGCCGUCUUUCCGCCUGCCCUUCUGCAUCACUCCCCCAGACGGCGCUGUUUCUAUGCUCAUCCCACCCUCCCUCUCGGCUCUCUCCACUAGCUCGAAUCGCCGAACCUUGCCACGAUACCGCACAGCAACUGACAAGUACUAA